CAGGGAGGGGAGAAAAGUUUCAGUAUAAAUACAGAAAGGGAGCGCACAUCUGCACAGUGAGGCGUGGUCGCUCGGAUCUGACAGGUGGCUCUGGAACUGCUUUUUUUCUCCUGCACAUCAGCGCGUAUACACACACAACUGCAGCAAGAUGGUAAAGUGCCCAAAGUGCCAGAAGGAGGUUUACUUCGCUGAGAGGGUGACGUCGCUGGGGAAGGACUGGCACAGGCCAUGUCUGAAGUGCGAGAAGUGCAACAAGACGCUGUCGGCUGGCUCACAUGCAGAGCAUGAAGGCAAGCCGUACUGUAACAACCCCUGCUAUGCUGCAAUGUUUGGACCUAAAGGAUUUGGACGUGGUGGAGCUGAAAGCCACACCUUCAAAUAGACAGGGCGAGGCGUCGCAGAGAAAAGCUUUGCGGGAACAAGAUUGAAGAAACCAAACCUCUCAGACGAUAGCAAACCUCUAAACAAAUCAUCCGCUUCCAAUGCAGGAAAUAAUUUGAAUGCAUUUGUUUUGUUUUGUUUUUUUGUUUUUUGUUCUACCUGUUUUGGACCAUCAUUUUCUUUAUUUUAUCAUUUCUAGUUUAGUUAUAGGGACAUCGGUCUUUGGCUUCAGCUUGUCUAAUUAAACAUUUUAUGAAAUUUG